GGGAGGUAGGGUCUCCAGGGUCUUCAAGUCCCACACUUAGCCCACUAUAGACUUCCCUGAACUGGGUUCUUGGCCUGACAACCGGCAAGUGGGACCGACAGGACGAAUCGAGGGCAGCUGAGUGGAGCUCCAGGUUUCUUACGGAAUAUGGGUGGUUUGCUUUUGGCGGUGUUCCUUGAGGUGACAGUGGCGUCAAGAAAUCUCUCCUUCUCUGCUACACUUCAUCUGUUUGCCUGGAAACUAGAUGGAAGUGAUAAGAGUUAGCAAUAGCAGUGACAUUUGCAGCAUGUUUACCAUUUAUGAGACCAGACCCCUGGGCGGGGGAGUGUUGGUGUAUUUGAUGUCUGAGUAACACAGCAGGGUAGCGUGUGGGGUGUCACUGUUCAAAGCGGGGUGGGUGUGUGUUCCCCCAGGUCUUGGUUGAGAGGGGCCUGUUCCCCACGGAGCUGCUUUCUGUAUCAGUGCUCUGAUUUUCCCUUGGGGAUAGAACUCUGCAAGUGACAGUUCCUGUGUCCUUGGGUUUUGGCAUUCAACAGGCCGCCCCUGGCUGGUUCCCUGGGUGUUUCUUACCAGGCUGUCUCCAGCCUCACAGCUCAGCGUUUCGUGGUGAGCUUUGCUGACUGCUGCAUCCACUGCCUGCUAGAGGCUCUGAGCUGCCCUCUGUACGUUCUCCACACUGCCCAUGGAAGUCGCCUCAUUUGUCCAAUAUCUGCCUAAAAGAGGGCUCCCCACACACUGCACGUACCAGGUUGACCCGUCGCUAUGCUGUUCUAGGUUCCCCGGAAACACGGACGAGAAGCUGCCUGCAGCUCUGUGGUCCAGACAUCCAGCUGAAGAUGCAGCUGUAAAAUGCAAGCUCUGCCUGGCAGAGGCCCCUGUACUGCCUGCCCGUGGCCUCUCCGCCUUGGUCAUGAGGAUGCCAUUGGGACAGCCUCUCUGCUGGGCGCUGCUCUUGGGCCUGCCCUGGCUGGCCGGCACGGCCGAGCACGAGGAGGUGGCCAGGCAUGUCAUCAAGCUGCACCGUGGCAAGGCUGCUGCCAUGGCCCCCCGCCGGCAGUGGCUGCUGGGCGGCUGCAGGAGGCUGUCUAGCCUCCUACAUCAGAAGAGUGUGGUGCUGGACAAGCUGAGGAAUGCUGUCCGGGCUGUGGAGCGAGAUCCUGGGCUGUCGGAGGAGGAGAAGCUGUUCCAAGUGCAUACAUUUGAGAUUUUCCAGAAGGAGCUGAAUGAAAGUGAGAACUCAGUCUUCCAGGCCAUCCACGGGCUGCAGCGUGCCCUGCAGGGUGAUUACAAGGACGUCGUGAACAUGAAGGAGAGUAGCCGGCAGCGGCUUGAGGCUCUGCGGGAGGCUGCCAUCAAGGAGGAGACUGAAUAUGUGGAACUUGUGGCUGUGGAAAAGCAUCAGGUGGAAGCCCUUAAAAACAUGCAGCAUCGCAACCAAAGCCUGUCCAUGCUGGAUGAGAUCCUGGAGGAUGUGCGCAGGGCAGCCGACCGCCUGGAGGAGGAGAUCGGCGAGCAUGCCUUCGAUGACAACAAGUCGGUCAGAGGGGUCAAUUUUGAGGCCGUCCUGAGGGUGGAGGAAGAGGAGGCCAGCUCUAAGCAGAACAUGACAAGGCGAGACACACAGGGGGACCUGGGACUCAGCAUGCUAAUCGACUCCCAGAACAACCAGUACGUGCUGACCAAGCCCAGGGACUCGACCAUCCCUCGGGCUGACCACCACUUGAUCAAGGACAUUGUCACCAUUGUGAUGCUGUCUCUGCCCUGUGGCUGGCUCUGCACUGCCGUCGGCUUGCCCUCCAUGUUCGGCCAUGUCAUCUGUGGGGUCCUGCUGGGCCCCUCGGGACUCAACAGCAUCAAGUCGAUUGUGCAAGUGGAGACUCUGGGAGAGUUUGGGGUGUUCUUCACACUCUUUCUGGUCGGCUUGGAGUUCUCCCCGGAGAAGCUGAGGAAGGUGUGGAAGAUCUCCCUCCAAGGGCCAAGCUACGUGAUGCUGCUCAUGAUUGGCUGUGGCCUGCUCUGGGGACACCUGCUGCACAUUGGGCCCACACAGACCGUCUUCAUUUCCGCCUGUCUAUCCUUGUCCAGCACACCCCUUGUGUCUAGGUUCCUCGUGGGCAGUGCUCGCACUGAGAAAGAAGGUGACAUUGACUACAGCUCUGUGCUGCUGGGCAUGCUGGUGGCACAGGAUGUGCAGCUGGGUCUCUUCAUGGCUGUGAUGCCCACGCUAUUGCAAGCGGGAGCAGGCACGUCCUCCAGCAUCAUCAUGGAGAUGCUGCGUGUCCUGCUUCUCAUGGGGCAGACCCUCUUCUCGCUGGCCGCUGUCUUCCUUCUGUGUCUCCUUGUGAAGACGUACCUCAUGGGCCCGUACUACCGGAAGCUGCAUGCAGAGGGCAAAGGCAACAAGGAGAUUCUCAUCCUGGGCAUAUCUGCCUUCAUCUUCCUGAUGCUGACGGUCACCGAGCUGCUGGAUGUUUCCAUGGAGCUGGGCUGCUUCCUGGCUGGGGCCCUGAUUUCCUCACAGGGCCACGUGGCCACCGAGGAGACUGCCGCAUACAUGGAGCCGAUUCGCGACUUCCUGGCCAUCAUCUUCUUCGCCUCGAUAGGGCUCCAUGUGUUCCCCACAUUCGUGGUCUACGAGCUUGCUGUGCUGGCAUUCCUCACACUCUCCGUGGUGGCCAUGAAGUUUGUCCUGGCGGCAUUGGUCCUGACCCUCAUCCUGCCCAGGAGCAGCCAGUACAUUAAGUGGAUUGUGUCUGCAGGGCUGGCUCAGGUCAGCGAGUUCUCCUUCGUCCUGGGGAGCCGAGCCCGGAGAGCUGGCAUCAUCUCCCGGGAGGUGUACCUCCUUAUCCUGAGUGUGACCACGCUUAGCCUCUUACUGGCCCCAGUGCUGUGGAGAGUUGCCCUUUUGAAGUGUGUGCCCCGGCCAGAACGACGGUCAAGUCUGUGAGGUCACCCACUGGACAGACCACCUGUACAGCUGCCCCUGCCCGGGUCCUGCUCUGGCUGCACUGCCCUGGAGUGGGGGCUCGGUGGUAUCUAGGGUGACCCCGACGGUGGAUGGCAGCUCUUGCUGCUGCUUUCCAAGCUUUUGCCCGAGACUGAGCAUGGAAGGGGCCCCAAUCAGCCUGGCCGUGGCCGAGUGUGGCAGGGUCCUGGUCAGCCUGGCUGUGACUGAGCGUGGCAGGGUCCCAGUCAGCCUGGCCUUGUUGCCAGGAUGUGCCUUUUCGCAGAAACUGCAAUUAUCUUCCUCUCGUUCAUUCACUGGUUUUAUUUUUUUAUGUCUGUCCGUUUUUUGGUGAAGAGAGCUAGUUGGCUUUUUAAUGUAUUGUGUAUCUGUAGAGCCGCAGCCUUUAUCCAGUACUUGUUAUUUAACAUCUCUGUGACUCGGAGUCUUAAGACUUCUGUAUUUACUUGAAGGAGCUGUGAAUUUGCUUUUGUUCCUGAAAUCCUGUGUCUGCCUUUUAUUAUCACUGUGUUUCAGUAAAAUGCUUUCCAGGCCGUGUGAA